CUCAGACCUUUGAAGCGGCAGCCUCGCUCCCGCCUAAAAAUAAAACGCCUCAGCACCCCCCUCCCACCUACCUAUUAGCAACAGCCCCUGCUGAGCCAGCACUGCCCAUCCAGGAGCAUGAACUCACCAUCAAUAGUUCCCAGACCUCCCCCAGCAGCAGCGUCAAUUACCUGUUGAGCAGCAGGCCCACAACACCAAUUUCUCCUCUGCACUUAACAGUUCCGGUUGUGCACUUUCCAGAGGGAGAGAGGCAGGGGAAGGGAACUGUGUGUCACACUCAUACCUGUAUAUAUAAGACUGUAUAUUGUUGACUUAAUAACUGGGCUGCUUCUCUGAUCUGGUCAUGGCUGAAUCUUGGGAGUCUUAGAUCCACUGCUGGGAGAACAGUAAUGAAAGGGAACUUGACAAGGGGAAAAAUCAAAUCACCUAUUCAAAGACUGCUAAUGAGGAUGAUGUUGAUGCAUAUUUGACUCUCAACAAUUCAGUGCUGCUGUGCAGGAUGAAUAGGAAGAAAGGAGACAAGGGAUUUGAGAGCCCGAGACCUUAUAAAUUAACGCAACAGGUAGUCUGCAUCAACAACAUAAAUUUUCAAAGAAAGUCUGUUGUUGGCUAUGUGGAACUGACAAUAUAUCCUACGGUUGCAAACCUGAAUAGAAUCAAACUGAGCAGUAAACAAUGCAGGAUAUACAGAGUCAGAGUCAAUGAUCUGGAAGCAGCUUUUAUUUAUAAUGAUCCAACACUGGAGGUUUGUCACCAUGAGUCAAAGCAGAGAAAUCUAAACUAUUUUUCCAACGCUUAUGCUGCUGCAGUCAGUGCUGUGGACCCUGAUGCUGGAAAUGGAGAACUCUGCAUUAAAGUUCCUUCGGAGCUAUGGAAACAUGUUGAUGAGUUAAAAGGCCUAAAGGUGCACAUAAAUUUUUCUCUGGACCAGCCAAAGGGAGGCCUUCAUUUUGUGGUGCCCAAUAUAGAAGGUAGCAUGGCAGAGAGAGGGGCUCAUGUCUUUUCUUGUGGAUAUCAAAAUUCUACAAGAUUUUGGUUUCCUUGUGUUGAUUCAUACUCUGAAUUGUGCACAUGGAAACUAGAAUAUACAGUAGAUGCUGCAAUGGUGGCUGUCUCAAAUGGAGAUUUGGUGGAAACAGUGUAUACCCAUGAUAUGAGAAAGAAGACCUUUCAUUACAUGCUGACUAUUCCAACUGCAGCUUCUAACAUCUCUCUUGCUAUAGGACCCUUUGAAAUCCUUGUUGAUCCAUAUAUGCAUGAGGUGACUCAUUUCUGUUUACCACAGCUUCUCCCAUUACUGAAACAUACCACGUCAUACCUUCAUGAGGUCUUUGAAUUCUAUGAAGAGAUUCUUACUUGUCGCUACCCUUACUCUUGUUUCAAGACAGUUUUUGUAGAUGAAGCAUAUGUUGAAGUAGCUGCUUAUGCUUCCAUGAGUAUUUUUAGCACAAACCUCUUACAUAGUGCAAUGAUUAUAGAUGAGACUCCACUGACAAGGAGAUACUUAGCUCAGGCUCUGGCUCAGCAGUUUUUUGGCUGUUUUAUAUCCAGAAUGUCCUGGUCAGAUGAGUGGGUGUUGAAGGGAAUCUCUGGCUAUAUUUAUGGCCUUUGGAUGAAAAAAACCUUUGGUGUUAAUGAAUAUCGCCACUGGAUUAAGGAGGAGCUAGACCAAAUAGUGGUAUAUGAACUGAAGACUGGCGGAGUUUUACUGCAUCCAAUAUUUGGAGGAGGAAAAGAGAAAGACAACCCUGCAUCGCAUCUACAUUUUUCUAUAAAACACCCUCACACAUUGUCCUGGGAAUAUUACACUAUGUUCCAAUGUAAAGCCCAUCUUGUUAUGAGAUUGAUAGAAAACAGGAUCAGUAUGGAGUUCAUGCUACAAGUUUUCAACAAAUUGUUGAGUCUGGCCAGCACUGCCUCGUCUCAGAAGUUCCAGUCUCACAUGUGGAGUCAGAUGCUGGUUUCCACAUCUGGAUUUUUGAAAUCCAUCUCUAAUGUCUCUGGCAAAGACAUCCAGCCUUUAAUAAAGCAGUGGGUGGAUCAGAGUAGUGUGGUAAAAUUUUAUGGCAGUUUUGCAUUUAAUAGAAAACGAAAUGUAUUGGAAUUGGAAAUAAAGCAAGACUAUACUUCUCCUGGGACCCAGAAAUAUGUGGGUCCUCUUAAAGUGACAGUGCAAGAACUUGAUGGAUCUUUCAACCAUACAUUGCAGAUAGAAGAAAACAGUCUUAAGCAUGAUAUACCUUGCCAUUCUAAAAGUAGAAGAAAUAAGAAAAAAAAGAUUCCAUUGAUGAAUGGAGAAGAGGUGGACAUGGAUCUUUCUGCAAUGGAUGCUGAUUCUCCUUUACUCUGGAUAAGAAUAGAUCCUGAUAUGUCUGUAUUGAGGAAAGUAGAAUUUGAACAAGCUGAUUUCAUGUGGCAAUAUCAGCUUCGAUAUGAGAGAGAUGUAGUUGCACAGGAAGAAUCCAUUUUGGCAUUGGAAAAGUUCCCCACUCCUGCUUCACGACUUGCACUGACUGAUAUACUAGAACAAGAGCAGUGUUUCUACCGAGUGAGAAUGCUGGCCUGCUUCUGUCUUGCAAAGAUUGCAAAUUCUAUGGUAAGUACAUGGACAGGACCACCAGCCAUGAAGUCACUCUUUACCCGAAUGUUUUGUUGUAAAAGUUGUCCAAACAUUGUGAAGACCAACAACUUCAUGAACUUUCAAAGCUACUUUCUGCAAAAGACUAUGCCUGUUGCUAUGGCCUUGCUGAGGGAUGUUCAUAACCUCUGUCCUAAAGAAGUUUUAACAUUUAUUUUAGAUCUAAUUAAGUACAAUGACAAUAGGAAAAAUAAGUUUUCAGACAAUUAUUAUCGUGCAGAACUGAUUGAUGCACUAGCCAACUCUGUAACUCCUGCAGUCAGCGUGAACAAUGAAGUUCGAACUCUGGAUAAUCUAAAUCCUGAUGUUCGACUCAUACUUGAAGAGAUUACCAGAUUCUUAAAUAUGGAAAAGCUUCUGCCCAGUUACAGACAUACUAUUACAGUCAGCUGUUUGAAAGCCAUUCGUGUUCUUCAGAAGAAUGGACAUGUCCCAAGUGAUCCCGCUCUCUUUAAGUCAUAUGCGGAAUAUGGACACUUUGUUGAUAUCCGAAUAGCAGCUUUGGAGGCAGUUGUUGAUUACACAAAAGUUGAUCGGAGUUAUGAGGAAUUACAGUGGUUGCUUAACAUGGUUCAAAAUGAUCCUGUACCUUAUGUAAGACAUAAGAUUUUGAACAUGCUGACAAGGAAUCCCCCCUUUACUAAGAACAUGGAGUCUCCCUUGUGCAAUGAAGCUUUGGUGGAUCAGCUUUGGAAACUUAUGAAUUCAGGUACUUCACACGACUGGAGGCUACGAUGUGGUGCUGUGGACCUGUACUUCACGCUUUUUGGCCUUAGUAGACCUUCUUGUUUGCCAUUACCAGAGCUUGGACUGGUCCUUAAUCUGAAAGAAAAGAAAGCUGUUCUUAAUCCUACCAUCAUCCCUGAGUCAGUGGCAAACAAUCAGGAACCUGUGAACAAUCCUAACAAUCAUGGACAACUGAUAGGAUUUCAAAACACUGAGGAUGAUCAUCUUGUUAAGGAAACAGCAUCCUGCAUUUCUGUUCAUCAGCAAGGAAUGAAGAGGAAGGCUGAUAUGCCACUUGGAUCCCCGUUGGAGCCAGGGCAGAUACUAGAGAAGAAUGAAGACAGUAAAGUCAAACUAAAAAUCAGAUUCUCAAACUCUCAGGAAGAGGAGGAAAUUGAUAUGGACACUGUUCAUGAUAGUCAAGCUUUUAUUUAUCAUCACUUGAAUAUGCUGGAGAGACCAUCAACACCAGGUAAAGAACAGUCUUCACUAGAGCUGAACAUGCUUCCAGUGCCAGCAGCUCCACUCUCCACCUUUAGUAAAGAAUCAAAUUCCUCAAAACACAGUGAUCAUCAUCACCACCACCACCACGAGCACAAGAAAAAGAAGAAAAAGCAUAAACAUAAACAUAAGCAUAAACAUAAACAUGACAACAAAGAAAAAGAUAAGGAGCCCUUCACUUUCUCCAACAGCCCAGCCAGCGGGCGAUCAGUUCGCUCUCCAUCACUUUCGGACUGAAGUGAGCACUUCUAGAACUCAACCCAAAGCGUUCACGGAGCAUUUAGAAAGAUAUAUAUAAUUAAAGCCUCUAUCUUUUUCUAUGAAAAUAGGAAAGCAUGAAUUGUCUAGCAGUUCAGAAGCUGUCACAAUCUAAAUUUGAAACAUUCUAUUUCUAUAUUCAGUAGCUGUGAACUGAAUCUGAUUCAGAAAAGUGUUUUAUGGUUCUGAGUCGGUUUCUUUUUCCAUGUUCUUUCUCCCCACCUCCCACUCAUUUUCCUUUUUAAACAAAGAAAACAGUUCUUUAUAUAAGGACCCCACGUCUACUGGCAACCCCCUGAACAUCAUGCUGUCCAUGUGUACUGCCAGAUUCAAUUAUGUUUUAAGCCUUUGAUGAAUGCUAUGAGGCAAAAUAUGUUUUAAACAGAAGCCAACUGCCAGACCUCUGAUGAAGCACUGUUUCCAAGACAGUAUUGUAUAACCAAGCAUAGACCUCCUGAGAAGACAAAGGCUUUCCUAUAAUCUUCUGUUGAGCUAUUUCUUGCUUUAACCACAGCAGUGCAAUGUCAGAAUUUUAAAAAUAAUACAUAGAAUAUUUGCCUUUUUCCGAUACUAAAACUCUUAAAGUUCCAAGCUUCUUUUAAGCUGAAGAUUUUUAUUAUGGACAUGACCCUUUGAAUAUAAUCGCAUUCUGCAAUUAUGUUUCUGUAAUUUUAGCAGAAAAACUUAAUGCAUGUUUUGCCCUUAAUCAGGCUUUUAAAUAUAAUAAAAUAUGCAAAUUGUUUUGGCAAAGGCAGCUUUUUCAUUAAAUAAAACGAAUUUGGGAAAACACUUUUUGGAAAAAAUGCCUUUUGCUGAAAUUAAAAACAUUUUGGAAAUCUGUAUGCAUUAAAAACUUAGUAUUGUCAAAGUGAACUUACUUGAAAGUAUUCUACAAUGUCAGUUCAUGAAUCUACAGGAAAAAAUAUAUAACUACAUUAGCCUAGGUCUGGGACUUGAAAAGGCGAGUGAAUUCAGAUGUCUUUAGCUGUGAUUUGUGCAGUUUGGUUAUGCCAACAUGCCUAGCCAAUAUUUUGUUUUAAAGCUUCAGUUUUUAAAAGUUUUGGCAAUACAUGUAAAAACAUCACUGCUUCUUUUUACAUUUUCUCCUCAUUUGUACAUAGAGGUAGGGUUUUUUAUUUUUUUUUAUUUUCAUGUACCAGUUUAUUACUAUUGGGUGGAUUUUACAUCUUAUUCAGAUUUCUGUUAUAAAAUGGUUGUGUUUAGGUUAAAUAUUUUAUUUUCAAAUGUUUUUGUUAAAGGACUCCUGAGAGAAUGAAUGAUGUUACAUCUAGGAAAAUAGUGUUCAAAAGUACCCAAGAAGACUUUUUUUUUUUUUUAAAUCUAGUCUGUUUCCCUCUCUACCUCCUUCCCUCCCCCUCCAAUAAACACUUUUUAUAU